UAAUUGAACAAUUUUUUUUUCUCUUUAUUUUGUUUUUUUCAGUGUUAAUAAUUUCACAGAUUUAUGUUAAAUUUAUGCACAAAGAUUUGAGUUCAAAACUCUUUAGCUGACCAACUCAAACAAUGCCUCUUUCUGUUCCUCACUUCAUCUAUGUCAGCAGAUUUUCAGACCUCAAUGGUGUAAAGCUGCAGGUACGUGGUUCGUCAAGGUGUUUUCAGAGAGAUUGUAAAGUAUUUACAGUUAUAUCAAUGUCAAAAGAGGCAUCAAAUUAUAUACCAGCAGCUCCUAUAUUUCUCCCUGAAGGACCAUGGCAACAGAUUCCUGGCGGUGUUACUGCUGCAAAGGGUUUCAAAGCUGCUGGGAUGUAUGGUGGAUUGCGUGCUCUUGGAGAGAAACCUGAUCUCGCACUCGUCACUUGUGAUGUAGAUGCCAUAUCUGCAGGGGCAUUUACUACAAAUGUUGUUGCAGCUGCACCUGUACUAUACUGUAAAAGCGCACUAAAUGCAUCUAAAACGGCUCGUGCAGUAUUAAUAAAUGCUGGUCAAGCUAAUGCAGCAACGGGUGAUGCAGGUUAUCAAGAUGUAAUUGAGUGCUCAAGUGCACUAGCUAAGUUACUUCAACUGAAGCAAGACGAUGUCUUGAUCGAAUCAACUGGUGUAAUAGGUCAAAGAAUAAAGAAGGAAGCACUUCUCAACUCACUCCCACAUCUUGUUAAACAGCUUUCACCAACCGUGGAGGGGGCGAAUUCUGCAGCUGUAGCUAUAACGACCACUGAUCUUGUUAGUAAGAGUGUGGCUGUUGAAACAGAAGUAAGAGGAACUCGAAUCAGAGUUGGGGGCAUGGCAAAGGGUUCUGGGAUGAUUCAUCCUAACAUGGCAACAAUGCUUGGUGUAGUAACUACUGAUGCCUCAGUUACAAGUGAUGUUUGGAGAAAGAUGGUACAAGUUGCUGUAAAUCGAAGUUUUAAUCAAAUUACUGUCGAUGGAGACACCAGUACAAAUGAUGCUGUCAUUGCUCUUGCCAGUGGACUUUCAGAAUCACAUGAGAUUUCUUCUUUGAACUCCUCCGAGGCAGAACACCUACAAAACUGCCUUGAUGCUGUAAUGCAGGGUCUAGCAAAAUCAAUAGCUUGGGAUGGCGAAGGAGCAACAUGUUUGAUUGAGGUGAGGGUUGAUGGUGCUGAUAACGAAGCUGAAGCAGCAAAGAUUGCACGUUCAGUGGCUUCCUCUUCACUUGUCAAGGCUGCUGUAUACGGUAGGGAUCCAAAUUGGGGCCGUAUUGCUUGUGCUGCUGGCUAUGCAGGUAUCCCUUUCAACGCCGACAAGCUUCGGAUAUCACUUGGAGAUAUUGUUCUUAUGGAAGCAGGGCAACCACUUCCAUUUGAUAGGGUUGCAGCUAGCAAUUAUCUCCGAAAGGCUGGUGAAGUCCAUGGCACUGUUGAAAUCCAAAUAUCUAUUGUCGCCUGUUCAGGUGAUGGUUCAGGAAGAGGACUAGCAUGGGGCUGUGACUUGAGUUAUGAUUAUGUCAAAAUUAACGCAGAGUACACAACAUGAAACAGGACGCGUUACUCAAAGAUUGAAGUCUCUCCUAAUAAAGCAGCUAUGGCUCAGCCAAAUUAUCGGUUCUGUAGUUGUAAUACUGCUGGAACCAGCAAAAUUUUGCUAGAUUGACAGGGACUUUUCAAGUUGUUAUUUCAUCAUUUCACACAUCUGGUAAACUAGAAGCUCGUAUGACAUGUAUUUUAAAUGAAUUUCUGAUCUCAAAAAUCAGAAAGAAAAAAAAAA